AAUAAUUCCAUCGGUUUUUGCAGCUGCGCCGCAGCUGUGUUUUUUUCUGUUUCGUUUAAAAAUAGUAAAUGCAACGAACUUGUUACUGUACUGCUGUCCCAGGUUUGAUGACUAAGCUUGCCAGCUGAACAAUGAGUUUAGCAAGUGGAACUAUGGAUAUGGUCAACACAUCGAACACCAAUAUGGACGCCCCGAAUCGCGGUGACUGGGAGAAGGUCCUGGCGAUGCUGGUACUUGGCCUGGGAAGCUUCCUGUCUGGUAUGCUUCCCGCCAUUAUCUCAGAGCGCAACAGGAGACGAUUCCCACUGACUACGUCGCUGCUGCUAUGCUUUGGUGCGGGCAUAUUGCUGGCCACAGCAUUGGUUCAUAUUUUGCCUGAGGUGCGCGAGCAAAUGAAUUCGAAAUUCGCUGAGGUGGCCAUGUGCGCAGGUUUCUUCAUCAUCUACUUUAUUGACGAGUUUAUACACUAUUUCUUUGGCGAGGCCAUUCAGCAUACGCACAGUCACGGCCAUGAACAUGAACAUGAACGUGAACCCUCAACCUCCUCACAUGCCCAAGUUGACCCAGACAGGGAACACAAUGGAUAUGGCGCAAUCAGUGAACGUGCGCCCUUGCUAUCAGCACAGCCGUCGACGUCACAUUCACAUCAUUCGCAUCACAGCGAAAACAUCCAUGAUCAGAAUCGCACCUCUUCCGGCUGUGAUGAUGCUAGUGUAGAGGAUGCAAAUGCCCGCAUAUGUCAUACGAGUCACACAGAACCAUGUGCCCAGUCCAUGACCGGCACUCUCGGUCUCUUUGUUGCAUUGUCUCUGCACUCGGCCAUUGAGGGACUGGCGAUUGGCGUACAAAACUCAGCGACAAAGGUUUUAUUUCUUCUUGGCGCUGUGGCUUGCCACAAAUUCGUGAUGGGCUUCUGCCUGGGCCUGGAGUUUCGCUCCAAUCCUCAGACCACUUUGCGCUCCCAAUUUAUGGGCAUUUUGGUAUUUGCAUUUGGUGCCGUCUGUGGCAUUGGCCUGGGCAUGCUUAUCGUGGAUGUGCCCGCCGAAUGGUCGUCGAAAACACUGCCCAUUGUUCAGGCACUGGCCGGCGGCACGCUUUUCUACGUCACCGUCUGUGAAGUGAUACCCCGCGAGAAGGCACGCUGGCACUCGCAUCCAACGCGACGCUGGGCGGGAUUUGCGCAAUUUGCGACAGUUGUUGCCGGCUUUGCCACCAUGUGCAUAAUAAACUUUUAUCUUUCUGAUGAGGAAUAAUUAGCUCUGCCAACAGGGAUGACGUUCGUGCUUGUGUAUUCUUUUUCGUUUUGUAAGAGAUUAUUUUUAAUUGGCAGAUCAUUGUUAUAUAUGUUUAAGAGGUGUUGCUUUUAUAUAUAUGUAUGUACUAUGCAUGCUUGAUGAAUCUUUUGUUAUAGAAUAAAAUGUAUUUGUAUCUCA